AAGAAGAAAAAAAGAUCCAAUUAACUAGUAAAUACUAGAAUGAAAUAGGUUUUCUACAUAUGCGUCGUCUAAAGCAACGGUUUUUAUCAGCUGUAGCAAGUAAAGAGACUUCACGAGAACCAAAAUUAAGAAGAAAUGGAUAAAGCCUAUAUACUCCAUGGAUAAAGGAUUGAAUUGAUAGAGAAAGCACCGUAAAGAUCAAUUAGCAAGCUAUUUGGUUGAUAGAGUUAAGAACUGCUUUGCUUACUUAUCCCGUGAUACAGGAUAAAAGUUAGGAAUCAAAUUAUGUAAUAGAGUUGAUCCACUAAGGUAUUGAGCAGCGGUGUAGCAUCAGAUCCCAAAGAUCGUAAGUUCUUUUUUCUUAUAUUAUAUUAGUUAGGAUAUUAGGGAGGAAAGUCUUUUUCAAAAAUUCUAUAUCUAUAUUAUAUAAAUUCCAUAUAUGCAAUCGAGAUAGUUACCUUUCAGAGAAUUCUAACACUAUAUUUUAACACUAUUAUAUAUAGGAUAUAGGGUCGAUCCAUACUUCAUUCCUCUGAAGGUGGGAGAAAAGAUAAAGCUUUUUAUUGAUCAAAAAAUUAGAGUUUUAAACUUAUGUAAUUAAUUUCUUCUGGCUAACCCAACAAAAAUGGGAUACUUUUAUGACAAUAUGACAAAUUUAAUUCAAUUAACAUAUUAACAUAAGGUAGAUUAAGACGGGGCGCAAGCAAAAAGAAUCGAUUGUCGAGCCGUAUGAGGUAGGAAACUCUCAAGUACGGUUCGAAGGGAAGGAGUUACCUAUUCCGACCGGGGAGAACAGGCCAUUCUACAAGGUGAUUCUGAAAUUGCAGAGGCUUGGUCCGAUCAAGCUGCUGAGUAUUGGAAACAAGCUAUAGCGCUUAGUCCGGGUAAUUAUAUUGAAGCACAAAAUUGGUUGAAGAUCACGAGGCGUUUUGAAUAAGACCACUCCCCUUUUUAAUUCAUUAAAAUUAGUUGUUGGAUCCAUCAAUCAAAUAAAAUAGAUCGUGUUCCCAUGAAAAGAUCCAACCAAGAGUUUCAUUAUAUCCUUUCUUUAUAAAAUCAUUGUAUGGUAUCUCAUAGGGAUAAAACGGUAUAGAAUAAAACUAAUAAAGCUAGUAAAAGAAAGAUACAAGAUACAGUGGAAUGACUAAAUAUGGAUAAGAUAUAGCAAUGGAUCUUAUUAAUUCUAAUGAAUGAUCUUGUGAUUUCUAGUAAAGGAAUAGAAUAUUUUAUAGAAGUAGAUUCAUAUGGGUACUUAUACAUUCAGAUAUAAGUGUACUAGUUUAGGUUGCAAAAAAAAAUUGUUUUUUCGUUUCGCCGGGAAAGUACUUUCCAAGGGAAAACAGGCCCCUUGGGCACCUAAUCGUUAUGUCAUAAUAGAUCCGAACACUUGCCUCGGAUUGACAUAUCAUAAUUGCUCUAGUGAAUAACUAAAUAGAUGGAUGAGAGAUAGGAAAAAAAGGAUUAAUCAUAAAAAAAAUAGCUAUCUUUCGGAGGUUCACUAAAAACUUGAUGAUUGGCGGGUCUCUUUGUAUGUGUUGUCCGGAAAGAGGAGGACUUAAUGAUUAUUCGUUCGCCGGAACCAGAAGUUAAAAUUGUUGUAGAUAGGGAUCCUAUAAAAACCUCUUUCGAGGAAUGGGCCAGACCCGGCCAUUUCUCAAGAACAAUAGCUAAAGGCCCCGAUACUACCACUUGGAUCUGGAACCUACAUGCUGAUGCUCACGAUUUCGAUAGUCAUACCAGUGAUUUGGAGGAGAUCUCUCGAAAAGUAUUUAGUGCUCAUUUCGGUCAACUCUCCAUUAUCUUUCUUUGGUUGAGUGGGAUGUACUUCCAUGGCGCCCGUUUUUCAAAUUAUGAAGCAUGGCUAAGUGAUCCUACUCACAUUGCACCCAGUGCCCAGGUAGUUUGGCCAAUAGUGGGUCAAGAAAUAUUGAAUGGUGAUGUGGGUGGGGGUUUCCGAGGAAUACAAAUAACCUCCGGUUUUUUUCAAAUUUGGCGAGCAUCUGGAAUAACUAAUGAAUUACAACUUUAUUGUACCGCCAUUGGGGCAUUGGUCUUUGCAUCGUUAAUGCUUUUUGCCGGUUGGUUCCAUUAUCAUAAAGCCGCCCCAAAAUUGGCUUGGUUCCAAGAUGUGGAAUCCAUGUUAAAUCACCACCUAGCGGGGUUAUUAGGACUUGGGUCUCUUUCUUGGGCGGGACACCAAAUCCAUGUAUCUUUACCGAUUAACCAAUUUCUCGACGCUGGAGUUGAUCCUAAAGAAAUACCACUUCCUCAUGAAUUUAUCUUAAAUCGGAACCUUUUGGCUCAACUUUAUCCUAGUUUUGCCGAGGGAGCAACCCCCUUUUUCACCUUGAAUUGGUCAAAAUACGCAGAAUUUCUGACUUUUCGUGGAGGAUUAGACCCAAUAACGGGUGGUCUAUGGCUGACCGAUAUUGUACACCAUCAUUUAGCUAUCGCAAUUCUUUUCCUGAUCGCAGGUCAUAUGUAUAGAACUAACUGGGGCAUUGGUCAUGGCCUUAAAGAUAUUUUAGAGGCUCAUAAAGGUCCAUUUACAGGGCAGGGCCAUAAGGGACUCUAUGAAAUCCUAACAACAUCGUGGCAUGCUCAAUUAUCUCUUAACCUCGCUAUGUUAGGUUCUUUAACCAUUGUUGUAGCUCACCAUAUGUAUUCCAUGCCUCCCUAUCCAUACCUAGCUAUUGACUAUGGUACACAACUUUCGUUGUUCACCCAUCACAUGUGGAUCGGUGGGUUUCUUAUAGUUGGUGCUGCUGCACAUGCAGCAAUUUUUAUGGUAAGAGAUUACGAUCCAACUACUCGAUACAACGAUCUAUUAGAUCGUGUCCUUAGACACCGCGAUGCAAUCAUAUCACAUCUUAACUGGGUAUGUAUAUUUUUAGGUUUUCACAGUUUUGGCUUGUAUAUUCAUAAUGAUACCAUGAGUGCUUUAGGACGUCCCCAAGAUAUGUUUUCAGAUACCGCUAUACAAUUACAACCCAUCCUUGCUCAAUGGGUACAAAACACCCAUGCUUUAGCACCUGGCAUAACAGCUCCUGGUGCAACAGCAAGUACCAGCUUAACUUGGGGAGGUGGUGAGUUGAUAGCAGUAGGCGGCAAAGUUGCUUUGUUACCUAUUCCAUUAGGAACCGCAGACUUUUUAGUCCAUCAUAUUCAUGCAUUUACGAUCCACGUAACUGUAUUGAUACUACUGAAGGGUGUUCUAUUUGCUCGCAGUUCCCGUUUGAUCCCUGAUAAAGCAAAUCUUGGUUUUCGUUUCCCUUGUGAUGGACCUGGAAGAGGGGGGACAUGUCAAGUAUCCGCCUGGGAUCAUGUCUUCUUAGGUCUAUUCUGGAUGUACAAUUCCAUUUCGGUAGUUAUUUUCCAUUUCAGUUGGAAAAUGCAGUCGGAUGUUUGGGGUACUAUAAGUGAUCAAGGAGUAGUAACUCAUAUUACAGGAGGAAACUUUGCGCAGAGUUCCAUUACUAUUAAUGGGUGGCUCCGAGAUUUCUUAUGGGCACAGGCAUCUCAGGUAAUUCAGUCUUAUGGUUCUUCAUUAUCUGCAUAUGGUCUUUUUUUCUUGGGUGCUCAUUUUGUAUGGGCUUUCAGUUUAAUGUUUCUAUUCAGCGGCCGUGGUUAUUGGCAAGAACUCAUUGAAUCCAUCGUUUGGGCUCAUAACAAAUUAAAAGUUGCUCCUGCUACUCAGCCUAGAGCCUUGAGCAUUGUACAAGGACGUGCUGUAGGAGUAACCCAUUACCUUCUGGGUGGAAUUGCCACAACAUGGGCAUUCUUCUUAGCAAGAAUUAUUGCAGUAGGAUAAUGGCUAGGAGGAUUUGAAAGGCAUUAUGGCAUUAAGAUUUCCGAGGUUUAGCCAAGGCUUAGCUCAGGACCCCACCACUCGUCGUAUUUGGUUUGGUAUUGCUACCGCACAUGACUUCGAGAGUCAUGAUGAUAUUACUGAGGAACGUCUUUAUCAGAAUAUUUUUGCUUCUCACUUUGGUCAGUUAGCAAUAAUUUUUCUGUGGACGUCCGGAAAUCUCUUUCAUGUAGCUUGGCAAGGAAAUUUUGAGUCAUGGAUACAAGACCCUUUACAUGUAAGACCCAUUGCUCAUGCAAUUUGGGAUCCUCAUUUUGGUCAACCGGCUGUGGAAGCUUUUACUCGAGGAGGUGCUACUGGUCCAGUGAAUAUCGCUUAUUCCGGUGUUUAUCAGUGGUGGUAUACAAUCGGAUUACGCACUAAUGAAGAUCUUUAUACUGGAGCUCUUUUUCUAUUAUUUCUUUCUGCUAUAUCUUUAAUAGCGGGUUGGUUACACCUACAACCGAAAUGGAAACCAAGUGUUUCGUGGUUCAAAAAUGCAGAAUCUCGUCUAAAUCAUCAUUUGUCAGGACUUUUUGGAGUAAGUUCUUUGGCUUGGACAGGACAUUUAGUUCAUGUAGCUAUUCCCGGAUCCAGGGGACAGUACGUUAGAUGGAAUAAUUUUUUAGACGUAUUACCCCAUCCUCAAGGG